UCGUGGCUGUUUGUAGACCACACAAGUAUUUUCGCUCCUAUCAGUGUCACUGCUGUGUUUUACUGAUGAACUACAAGGCUUGAGCUUUAACCACCUUAAGCUGGACUAUUUAUGAGUGUCUCUGUCUCUGACUGGCCACUAUUUCAGCUGGUAAAACUUCUCUAGGGUAUAAACACUAAUGCUCCUGUAAGGAGAUUAUUGCCUGCAGGUCUUACAGGUUCAAUCCCUUUCUCCUCACUGUUUGAACUGCAGCCUGCUGUUAGCACACAUCUAUCAAAAGGCUUGUCCUCUACAAGACACAAAGAUGUGUGACCAGACAUUUUUGGCGAUCACGUUUGGUCCGUGUGAUAACUGCAGUCAGAACAAACCUCUGAUGAACAUCUAUCUAAAGAAUGAGCCCAUCAACUACUGCUCGCUCUGUGUGGAGCUGAUGGCCUGUCAGGGAUUGGCGCAGGGCGAGACCGUCAACACACUGAAAGCCGAAUCUGAGACUCUUAAAGCCAAACUGGAGGAGGAGAGAGCAAAACUACACGAUGUCGAGCUAAAUCAAGUGGCAGAGAAGAUAGAAGCUCUCGGUCAGUUUGUCAUGAAGACCAGGAGAACUUUGAAAGGACACGGGAAUAAAGUGCUGUGUAUGGACUGGUGUCGGGACAAGAGAAGAAUAGUCAGCUCCUCUCAGGAUGGAAAAGUCCUUGUGUGGGAUGCAUACACAACCAAUAAGGAGCAUGCAAUCACUAUGCCCUGCACCUGGGUGAUGGCUUGUGCUUAUUCCCCAUCUGGCUGUGCUGUGGCUUGUGGUGGUUUGGAUAAUAAAUGCUCGGUCUAUCCCCUCUCAUUGGAUAAAAAUGAGAAUUUGGCAGCUAAGAGGAAAUCUGUGGCCAUGCACACCAACUAUCUGUCUUCCUGCAGCUUUACUAACUCUGAUAUGCAGAUUCUGACAUCAAGUGGUGAUGGCACAUGUGCAUUAUGGGAUGUUGAGAGUGGACAGCUGCUGCAGAGUUUCCAUGGUCACACAGCAGAUGUUCUGUCAUUGGACCUCGCACCAUCUGAGACAGGAAACACUUUUGUGUCCGGGGGUUGUGAUAAGAAAGCUAAUGUGUGGGAUAUGCGCUCAGGUCAGAACGUUCAGUCCUUUGAGACCCAUGAGUCUGACAUCAACAGUGUAAAGUAUUACCCCAGUGGUGAUGCAUUUGCAUCUGGAUCUGAUGAUGCUACGUGUCGCCUGUAUGACUUGCGAGCUGACCGUGAGGUGGCCGUCUACUAUAAAGAGAGUAUCUUAUUUGGAGCCUCCAGUGUGGACUUUUCCCUCAGUGGCAGGUUGUUGUUUGCGGGGUAUAAUGACUAUACCAUUAACGUUUGGGAUGUUCUGAAAGGUACAAGAGUGGCGAUUCUGUUUGGCCAUGAAAACAGGGUCAGCACGGUGAGAGUUUCACCUGAUGGUACAGCGUUCUGCUCGGGAUCAUGGGAUAACACCCUACGGAUCUGGGCUUGAGGAGUUUCUCUGUACCAGUGUAUGACGGGAUAUUUCAACAUGGACUUGUUAUCGUACAGCACAGGGAAUGUAGAGAAACUGACCUGUAUUUUACUCAUCUUAGCACAAAUUUAUAAACGUAUUUUAUCCUACUUUUUGGCUUUGAAGCUGUCACUUUAUAAAACAAAAGUAACAAAUUUGAAAUGCUUGUUUAAGUAUUAAUUUGUACAUUAAAAACGUAUUAAAUUAUGAAUACUUUUAUUGGUAUAUUUUAUUAAUAUAUAAUUAUUUAAAGAGAUUUAUUUUUAGUCCCUAUAGGGAGAAUGUCUAGAUCACAUCAGUAUAUACUUAAAACACAUUAAAGAGUUUGGGUUACACUGGAAUGUAAAUGUAAAACCAUUAAACUUGCACAUUUAGAUCAAAUUUGUUAUGUAAAUCUGCAUUUAAUUAAUUCACGUGUGCAUGCUUGCUUGUUUCCAAUUUAUAUAUAUAGGCCUA